AUGGAGUGUCGGCCCGAGUUGAAACGAAGGGAUUAUAAGAAGCAGGAAUACAAGAAGGAGGAGGAGGAGGGAGGAGGAGGAGGAGGACAGACUUCUCAAUUCUCAUUUACACCAGUUUUUAGCGAACAACGUCAAGAUCUUAAUGUCUUGGACGUCCUAAAGAGGCCCGGGCUGCCUUGA